GUAAGCCUCUCUCUCUUCUCUCAUCUCUCUCCCCUUUUCUCCUCCUCAGACUAAAGGCAGGAGCAAAAGCGCAACAGCCACCCACCCAGUUCAAAUUCCAACUUGGAAAUCAAUUUGAUUGAGCCCCUCGUGAGUUUCUGGGUUCCUUGAUCCUUUCAGCAAUGGAUGUAAAAGUAAGAGGAAGCACCUCCGCCGCUUUCCAACCGGACUUCGCCGACGACCACGACCUCCGACGAGGCCCUUGGACCGUCGACGAGGACCUCACCCUCAUUAAUUACAUUACCACUCACGGCGAAGGUCGCUGGAACUCCCUUGCCCGCUCCGCCGGCCUCAAGCGUACUGGGAAGAGUUGCAGAUUGAGGUGGCUCAAUUAUCUCCGUCCCGAUGUUCGGCGUGGAAAUAUCACGCUGGAAGAACAGCUUCUGAUUCUCGAACUUCAUUCUCGCUGGGGAAACAGGUGGUCCAAGAUAGCCCAGUAUUUGCCGGGGAGAACCGACAAUGAGAUCAAGAAUUACUGGAGAACCCGCGUCCAAAAGCAUGCCAAGCAACUCAAAUGUGACGUGAAUAGUAAGCAAUUCAAGGACACCAUGCGCUACCUUUGGAUGCCCAGGUUGGUUGAGCGCAUUCAAGCAGCAGCCACGGCGGCUUCCACCGCCUCCACAACGGCUAGUUCUCAGACGUUAUCUGCCGCCACGACCGUCACCACAAACUCCACGUACAAUCAUUAUAAUAACAAGAUGGAAGUUGAGAAUGGGAACAUGAUGAUGAACCCGGCCAUCAUGAAUAAUAAUGAAUUUGGAGGUUCGCAGGUGACGCAGAGCUACACGCCGGAAAAUAGCAGCACGGGCGCUUCAUCGGAGUCGUUCGGGACACAGGUUUCACCGGUGUCAGAAUUGACUGAUUAUUACAGUACUGUCCCUAAUAGUCAGGAUUACUACCAACCCUCUCAGAUCAGCUACUCUGAUUGCAUUACCAGCCCAUCUGGGUUAUACAGUCAGGGACUGGAUUAUUCCCAGGUGAUGGAGGCGGGCAACCCGUGGAUUCAGGGAGGGGACACGUUGGACAGUCUGUGGAAUGUUGAGAAUAUGAUGUUUUUGCAGCAGCAGCUCAAUAUCGACACCAUGUAAAAACUCGCAGUUAUAGGAGAUCUUCAGAUCAGGGCCGGGGUAAAAUUUAAACACCGAUGAUUAUUUAGGUCGGGGAGGCAAAUUAAAAUCAUGAAACGGAAUAAAAUCAUGUGUGGGAUACAUAUAGUUUAAUUUUGUGGUCAACAUAUUACAUAUAGGUUUGAUAGCUGAUAGCAACUGUGAAUUAAUUUUCAGUUUUAGCUCGAUCGGCGUUUAAUUUUCCUUGUUCAGGUGGGGUGGGACACAUUUGUAAUUCGAGAUUUCAUUCAUUGAAAUUAUCUAACUCCGUUCUGUGUUCGGUUUUUGAUGA